AGAGCAGAUAUCCCCACUGGUCUGUUGGAAUUCUGUGCAACGCAAGGCCAAAAAUUACAGCGCUAUAUCUGCAGCUUGCUGGCUUUAUUAAUCUUGGCAAAGUCAGCUAAAAUCACCUGCUGCCACAAGUUCGCAUCAGCUUGCAAACUUCAGCAUUCGUUCACAUAUUUGGCAUAUUUGGAGAACAUUCCAAUACAUGCGCCAGACCAAGUGGGGCUCUUAUUUUCCACAUUUCCCAGGAUUGUUCUCUUUUGUACUCCCUCCCCUCAGCUCAGGGGCUCUGUCCACAUGGCAACCGGCGUCAACACACCGCUGCUCAGGCCCACUGGCUGUUAGCAUUGUGCUACACUGACCGCCUGGUGAAUAACAUGCACAUUUCUCAAAAGCUAAACUCGAAAACAUUGUUUAUUUCAACCAGCAGGGGUGCAACUUACCGUGAUACUCCAUAGCCCGGCUCAGAAAUUUACUCCUGAAGGUGAUCAUUCUUCACUUGAUUCAUCAGGGGGAGACACAGCGCUUUUCUACAUGUGACGUCACUAAAGAGCGCCGAACUCAAGUUUCCAAAGUUUAAUGUGGAGUCAUGGCUAGCUGAUGGACAAAAAUGGAGGAUAUUAAUCCAGGACAGAGAUGCCUCCCAAAUUUGAGGCGUCGAAUCAGAGACAUUGGGGACGGGCACCCAGCACAGGAACGCUACAUGCGGUUGCUGAAGGAUGGAGACACACUCAGUUACCAAGGGAACUCAGAAGAAGUGGGUUGCUAUGUGGCUGGCCAUCCUUUAUCAAAGGGAAAUUGCUACUUUGAGGUGACAAUAGUGGACACCGGUGUGAGAGGGACCAUCGCUGUAGGCCUGGUGCAUAAAUUCUACAGGCUGGACCACCAGCCAGGCUGGCUUCCAUACUCUGUAGCUUACCACGCUGACAACGGCAAGUUAUACAAUGGAAACCCUGUGGGGCAGCAGUUUGGGCCAAAAUGUGCCCGUGGUGACCGCAUUGGCUGUGGAAUUUAUCCCAAAACUAUUGAAGCAGGUUUCAAAACAGUCUUUUUCACCAAAAAUGGCAAAGAGGUGGGGUCAGUGGAUGUUCUUGUCAUGGCAGAAGGGCUUUUCCCUGCAGUAGGAAUGCAUUCCAUGGGGGAAGAAGUAAAGGUGGACCUGCAAGCAGAGUGGCUCUUGAAAGAGGAUGACACUAUGAUGAUGGUGGACAGCCAUGAAGACGACUGGGGUCGACUUACUGACGUCAGAGUGAGCGGCACGCUCUUGGAGUACAUUGGCAAAGGAAAAAGCAUAAUGGAUGUGGGUUUAGCUCAGGCCCGACAGCCACUUACCCCCCGCUGCCAUUACUACGAGGUGGAGAUUGUAGAUGCCGGGGAGAAGUGCUACAUAGCUCUUGGUCUGGCAAGGAGGGACUACCCCAGGAAUAGACACCCAGGAUGGAGCCGCGGAUCGGUGGCCUACCAUGCAGAUGACGGGAAGGUGUUCCAUGGCAGUGGUGUCGGAGACGUUUUUGGACCUCGUUGUUUCAAGGGUGACAUCAUGGGCUGCGGCAUCAUGUUCCCGCGAGACUAUAUCCUGAAUGGCGAUGCAGAUGACUGGGAUCAGAUGGAGGUCUUUUCUGGUCAAGCGGACAUUCAGAACAUUGUGUAUCUAAAUUUGGACGAGGAGGUGGAUGAGGAGGAAGAUGGUGACAGAGAGGCGGGACAGGAUGGUAGAAAGGUCAUGGUGUUUUUCACGAGAAACAGGAAGCUAGUAGGUCGGAGAGAGAUGGCGCUCCCCCCCGGCGGCCUCUACCCCACCGUGGGGAUGCUGAGUAACGGAGAGAAGGUCAAGGUGGACUUGCAUCCUCUCAGCGGAUGAGCUGGACGCCCUCGCCGACGAGCUCUCUGCCCAACAGCUGGCUGUGCCGCAGAGCUGGGCCCCAGUAGUCACGCAGGUCCCCACUCGGCCCACUUAUUUAAGAACCUGUGCUCUCUUGUAAAUGUCCUCAUCAUGCCAGCACUUCAUCAGAGACAAGAUGACUGUGACGCUUGGAAUCCCCUGGGUUGUAAAUCCUGUGCAAUGUGUUCUCUGUCAGCUGUGUGCGGCUGUCAUCGCUGAGGUCUGGCAACCUCGCUCCACUUUUAUUACAUUUGAGGAGACUCCAAGGAAAACUGGCGAGUGCCAUGUCUUUCCCCCGGGCCUCUCUCACCACACUUCUCUCGCCCUCUCUCUCUGGCAGAGGGCGCCCUCUAGUGGCAGAGCACAGACAUGCCAUAUAGUCAUUAUUACCCCCAAAUGUUUU